CAAUGUUAUUCUUGCAAGGGCAUCUGCGUGUAGCUGCUUUAGGUCAGAAUUAACAUCCUGCUUUAUUAUAAUAUGCCAGGGUUUUCCUUGUUUUUGUUCUUACACCCAUGCUAACUAGCUUAUAGCUUAGCAAAAACAGUUGGCAAACCUACAGUAGGUGAGGAUCUGUUUGUCGCAGAAGGGAACAAGCUGAGAUCUCCACCGGAGCCAGUUUACCCUGCUGGGAUCUGGUUUCUGACUCCCUGAUACAAAACCCAGUAAAGUCAGGAGGCAGCGAGAACAACAAGAUGAAAGGUCAUUGAUCUACAACCUGCACGCAAGCAAUUUAAGCUAACACUUCAGUAAAAGAGGCAGCAUUUACUUAAGACUGUGGUGGUCGCAUUCCCCACCUCUGCUGGUCAACAUGACAUCUUCAAUGCUUCGAAGGCAGCUGAAGAACCUGGUCCAGAAUUACUCUGAGGCUGAGGUCAAGGUUAGAGAAGCGACGUCCAAUGAUCCAUGGGGUCCUUCCAGCUCUCAGAUGGCUGACAUCUCUGAUCUCACCUACAAUGCGGUGGCUUGCAACGAGAUCAUGACAAUGCUCUGGAAACGCCUGAAAGAUGACAAGAACUGGAGACAUAUCCACAAGUCUCUGACUCUGUUGGAGUACCUCCUGAAGACUGGUGAUGAUCGUGUGAUGCUGAAAAUGAAAGAAAACAUCUACAUUGUCAAAGCUCUCACAGAAUAUCGUUUUGUGGAAAAGGAUGGGAAAGAUCAGGGAGUGAAUGUAAGAGAGAAGGCCAAGGUAGUUCUUGUUCUUAUGGAGGAUGAUGAAAAACUGAAAGAAGAAAGAGAGUUUGCUGUGAAGACCAGAGAAAAGACAUCCAAAGGUUCUGCUGCAUCAUCCACAGACAAUGUCAAGGAUCCUAACUACAAACCAGUUUAUGUUCCUGGAGCUUCGGGACUUCCAUGCUUAGAGAACAUUCCAUCUGUGGCCGACUUGACUGCUUCUUUUGCUGCCCGCAAAGAGGAGCGACUUCGACAAGAAGCAGAGAAGAAGGAGACUGAGAGACGAGCCAAGAUGAGUGAAGAUGAGCUUAAAUGGGAGGAUGCAGGAAAAGCUGAAAAUGCAGCAAGUGAAGCAUGGGGUGGAGAGAAAGACGAAGAGAAGAAGGAGGAAGUGAAAUCAGACGCAUGGGGAGCUCCCAAAGAACCUAGUACUGAUCCAUGGGGUGCUCCAGCCAAAACUGAAGAUCCAUUUGUGGCAGACAAAACUGAGGAGGAUCCAUUCACAGCAGCAAAAGAUAAACCAGAUUCCUUCAGUUCUUCCAAUGGGGAUCCAUUCAGUGCUCCAAAGGAAGAUCCAUUCAAAGCUCCAAAGGAAGAUCCAUUCAAAGCUCCAAAGGAAGAUCCAUUCAAAGCUCCAAAGGAAGAUCCAUUCAAAGCUCCAAAGGAAGAUCCAUUCAAAGCUCGAAAGGAAGAUCCAUUCAAAGCUCCAAAGGAAGAUCCUUUCAAAGCUCCAAAGGAAGAUCCGUUCAAUGCUCCAAAGGACGAUCCGUUCAAUGCUCCAAAGGACGAUCCGUUCAAUGCUCCAAAGGACGAUCCGUUCAAUGCUCCAAAGGACGAUCCGUUCAAUGCUCCAAAGGACGAUCCGUUCAAUGCUCCAAAGGAAGAUCCGUUCAAUGCUCCAAAGGAAGAUCCGUUCAAUGCUCCAAAGGACGAUCCGUUCAAUGCUCCAAAGGAAGAUCCGUUCAAUGCUCCAAAGGAAGAUCCGUUCAAUGCUCCAAAGGAAGAUCCAUUCAAUGCUCCAAAGGACGAUCCAUUCAGUGCUCCAAAGGAAGAUCCAUUCAAUGCUCCAAAAGACGAUCCAUUUAGUGCUCCAAUAGACGAUCCAUUUAAUGCUCCAAAAGAGGAUCAGUUUAAAGCCCCCAAUGGUGACCCAUUUAAUACUCCAGAAAAUGAUCCAUUUAAUGCUCCAAAAGAUGAUCAAUUUAGUGCUUUAAAAGAAACUCUGAAAGAUGAUCCAUUUAAUGCUCCUAAAGAUGAUCCAUUUGAAGCUUCAAAAGACGAUCCAUUUACAAAAUCAAAAGACGAUCCUUUUGGUGUCCCAGCAAAUGACCCUUUCACUGCUCCAGUAUCAACACCCUCUAAAGAGGAGCCAAUAAUAUCUAAGGCUGACUCUUUCACUGGUCCCACAACGCCACCUAAAGCAUCAUUUUCAUCACCAACCAAACCUGUUCAAAAUGAUAAUUUUGGUGGACCAACAACGCCGGGUAAGGAAGAUCCGUUUUCUAUAACAUCAAGAGAUGACCCCUUUGCUGCUUCAUCUGAACCAUCAAAAGAGGACCCAUUUACAGUGCCAUGCAGUCCACCAACGGAGGCUGCUUCAGAUCCCUUCAGUGCCCCUGAUGCAGGUUCACCCCAAGAAACUGCAGAUACAUGGGGAGCUCAAACCAGUUCUCCGCCUACCAAAGGCUCUGAUGCUUGGGGGGCACCCAGUGUUCCAAAGGAAACCAAGAGUGCCGAUCCCUGGGGGGACGACCCAAGUGUCUCUUCGCCACUUGGUGACUCUGACCCAUUUGGAGAUGCAACCAAGCCGGACGAGGACCCAUGGGGAGCCCCUGGUCCAGUAACAUCAGAUGAUGCAUGGGGAUCCCCGGCUCCUCCUGCAGACUUGUCCCCAUCCGGUGACCCAUUUGGAGACGGAGCAACUAACACCAAUGAUCCCUGGGGUGCACCAAGUAAUGCUAGCGGUGAUGGUGCAGGAAAGCGCACAUCAAAAGAAGAGGAGAUCCGUAGAAAGACUGCUUCAUUUCUGGGCUCUACGGGGGCGUCACUGGUUGACAUGGACGAUCUGUUUGCCCCGAACCCCAAAACCAAACAACAGCCCCUCAUCAACCCGUUCGCUGCCCGAACACAAGCUAUCGGCACAUCCAAAGACAUGACAUCUGGUCCUUUGGCCAGAUCAGGGGCAUUCACUGAAACUUUAGCCCCAAACUUUAACUCCGUUGGUCUCAGCCUAGCACCCACUCCUGGUGUAACUCAUUCUGCUUUUGGAGCUGCCGGUCCCGCUGGUGAAACUCUCCAGUUUAGGGAACCGUUACACACCAUGGGAACUCCUCAUUCUUCUGUGCAUGUUCUUCAAGCAGCUCAGGACGCUCCAAAAUAUGGAAUGCCACCACCUGCGACACAAGUGGGUUUGGGAAUGUUGGAGUCGGAAUAUAAUGUGGGGAAUAUUUUGGGAACAGGGGACACUCCAGUUGGCUUUUUUGGAGCAAACUCAGCAAGUGUAAAUCCAUUUCUAUGUGCUUCUCCACAGACAGGCAGUGAACCAAAUGAGAUGAUCAUAAUCGAUACCAACACAUUCUUGCUUUAACAGAUUUUUUAAUUGAGUCAAACCAAAUUGUCAUAAAAUAUCAAUAAAUAACAAUAACCAUUAUGGAGCUUUUCAGUUUUAUGACCAUGGUGUUAUUUAAGGCAUGUUUCUACUGCUAUGUCUGUUGACACAAUGAACAAUGGUCAGAAUCUGCUUAUGAAAUAGUAAAUUAUUCUAUUUCAGUUAAAGGAUUGGACUUCAUCCAAUCCUUUAACUGUUUAAAUAAAACAACAUGUCAGCUGGAUAAACCAUUACAUUUAUCUGGGAAAGGAAACAUUCAAGUGUCUUUGGGGAAACACUAGAGUAAUUGUGUAUCUGUGUGGUUUUUGUUUUCUUCAGGUGUGCAUGUGUUCAAAGGAGAUUUGUGUGUGUGAAGUGUAUGCAGGUGUGCACUCUAUAGUUCUCUAUAUAUAAAUAUAUAUUGUGCUGAUGUAAAUAGUGGAAGUAAUUACUGCUAAACCUGGAAUUAUACUGUAUAUCAAAGUGUUACAAUCAAGAUUAACUAUUUAUGGAUAUAUUUAUUGAUUUGUUUAUUGCUUCAUACAUUAUUGAUGCAACCGGGCCCUGCAACAAAAGAAGAUCAGGUGAACUUAUAUGACUGGUUUAAAAUUCAGCUCAGAAACUGUUGGUGUGUCCAUUGUAUCCUUUCUGAUUAGGAUUCAUUAUGUAGUGGAACAUGUCUGCGUUGUAUGUCCCAACAAAUUGCUUUCUGUUACAUGCAUGCACUCUGAGCACAUCCUGUUAUCGUAUAUAUGUGAGUGAGUGUGUGUGUGUGUGUGUAAGAGUGAGUUCGGCCUUGACAGUUUUGGUGUGUGAGUGAAACAAAAUUCUGUAUUUUAGAAAACACCUGCUGUAAGAGUAAAUAAAUAUAUUCAGCUGAUGCCGUUCUGAUUCCAGCCACAUGGAGCUGGACAGUAGCAGCUGAAAGCUCUGAGUUGUGAAAGUUUCAACUUAUACUGAGCCAUGCAACUUCUCACAGGUUGCUUCAUUUAAACUGUUUGCAUUCUUUUAAUCAACUCGGGGGUACCUGUUCAUGUUCUGCUUUAUGUGAACGAAAUUAAAAAUUUUGAUUGAAUGAAAUCUGAAUUUAUGCUCACUUGGAUUCAAAGUGUUUCAUGUUUUGCUCAUCUUAAAGGAUUAAACAGACGGUUGCUCUUCAAAGCCUCACACAGCAGAUGAAACAUCUGUGUAAAGAUAGAAAGAAGGUCAGCCUCUGUCUGUUCUUUGGCAGGUAGACUGUGUAAUUUUCAGAUUUUAUUUUGUAUGAGAUACAUUUAUUUUGCUGUGUAUUUACCUUUAAAACUGUGUUGUAGACUGUGACAGUGUACAGUAUGUUUGAGAAAUAAAAUGGAUUUUGUUGCCUCUA